AUGGAGCGCAUCGAGGGGGCGGCCGUGGGCCGCUGCGCAGCCUCGCCCUACCUGCUGCCGCUCAGGCUGCACUACCGCCAGAAUGGUACCCAGAAGUCAUGGGACUUCAUGAAGACCCAUGACAGUGUGACCAUUCUCAUGUUCAACUCUUCUCGAAGGAGCCUGGUGUUGGUGAAGCAGUUCCGGCCAGCUGUGUACGCUGGCGAGGUGGAGCGCCUCUUCCCGGGGUCCCUGGCCGCCGUGGACCAGGACGGGCCCCGGGAGCUGCGGCCCGCGCUGCCGGGCUCGGCAGGGGUGACGUUCGAGCUGUGCGCCGGCCUCGUGGACCAGCCCGGGCUCUCGCUGGAGGAGGUGGCCUGCAAGGAAGCGUGCGAGGAGUGCGGCUACCACCCGGCCCCCUCCGACCUGCGCCGGGUCGCCACGUACAAGUCUGGUGUGGGAGUGGCCGGCUCCAGCCAGACCACGCUCUACGCAGGGGUGACAGAUGCCCCGGGGGGCCCAGGCGGGGGCCCGGCCGAGGGGGGCGAGCACACUGAGGUUGUACACCUGCCCCCGGAUGGCGCCCGGGCCUGCGCAGAUGACCCGCAUGUUCCCAAGACCCUCGGCGUCAUCUUUGGUAUCUCGUGGUUCCUUAGCCGCGUGGCCCCUGGCCUGGGUCCCCAGUGA